AUGAGUUGGUUCAGUGGACGCCGUCACGCUUUACCUCGCCACUUCACCUCGACCUCGUCGGACAGAAGAGGCGACCGCUCGUCUUUCAGAAACUGCUUCACCGAGAAGACAACCACUCUUUCAGGGGCAGGCUAUGAUCACCGAGGCCUACCGAACAGAUCAGGUGAGGCUAAUUGUGCAGGAAACGCCACAGCUUCUUAG